GCAAACACGGUGUGUCCAUUUAAUAGACACACAAAAAUACAAUAGCAGUUCUCUCUGCGGUUUCUGGUUCUUUCAUUUCGUUACUGUUAUCAUCUCACAACAGAAGAAAUUGAAAAGGAAAAUGGGAACUCUAAAUCUAAACUACUACAAUUGUGUGACAUGUGCGUCCACACCACCAAUGUCACAAGACUCACCAUUACCAGACCCCAGACAAACAAAGGUUAUCCUUCCCAAUAAAAAACCCAUUAAAUGGUCCACUGGUAUGGCUCCUGGUGAAUGGGGUGGUCCUCCACCGACCACCAAGCUCCGCAAGUAUUGGGGUGGUCAGGAUAUUGACCCUUUAGCCUCUGAUGACUUUAUGUGGAACAAAGAUUUCAUGCCUCGUUUCAAAAAGUUGAUUCAGGAACCUCAAACUCCCCUUCAACAAUCUCCUUCAAAGGAAGUGCCUUCUGGGUUUUUAAGCUUAAAUAGAGUCAUGAGCCUUGACAGUUUGGAAGUUGAUUUGAGCAAAGAACUCUCAACUCCUGCAAAUCACAUUGUACACCAGCAAAUAGAGACACCAACUAAUGUGACCGAAAGUGAAAGCAAGAGGGUAAGAUGGAGAUUGGCGCCAACACGCCGCGAGCAAGACAAAUGGAAUAGAGCUACCAAAGCUGCAACUGGAGGCAGCGAUGUGAUGUUUCGGGAACUAAGGCAGUCUCGUGAAGAUCCUGCAGUAUUGGCUGCUAAAGCCAGGGAGCAGUAUGAAAAGAUAAAGAGGAGGUUGCAAGUACUUACAUUGGGUAUAGGUGGUGUUGGUCUGGUUUCAUCCUACGUUUCUUAUUCUCCUGAGAUUGCAGCUAGUUUUGGUGCUGGCUUCCUUGGUUCUUUGGCGUAUAUCCGAAUGCUGGGAAAUAGCGUGGAUGCACUAAACACAAACGGUGCCAGGGCCCUUGUCAAGGGAGCAAUUGGGCAGCCAAGAUUAUUGGUUCCUGUUAUAUUGGUCAUGAUUUAUAAUCGCUGGAACGCGAUUCUUGUUCCAGAAUAUGGAUUUAUACACUUAGAAUUGAUACCAAUUCUAGUUGGUUUUUUCACAUACAAGAUUGCAACUUUUGCUCAAGCUAUAGAGGAGGUGAUUACCGUAGCUACAAAGAAGACCUAAAUAUGUCGCCUCGGGUAGAUUUGGGUCUUUUCCUCUUACACUAUGCAUAUAUUGAUUGCAUUUUUGUUCAUAUUAAGAAUCUAAAUUACAUCAAGGGACAUUCAAUUACAUUCAUGUGUUCCUUUUGUAAUAAUGUCUAAAUAUAUCUAGUGUAUUUUUCCUCUUUAAAGUAACAACACAUGUUUAAUUUUACUUUGAUCAACGCACUUGUGUAUAUUCACCGCAUAUUAGUUAUUCUAGUUGGUAA